AUGGUACAGCUAGCGACUCUUAUUUUGUCGCAGAGGCGUUUUGUGGGUACAGCCCGAUGGGUGCGAUGGUGUUCCUCUGAGGCAGCAGAUCCCAGACAGGUUCCAUCAUCGUCGACAGUGAACUCGAGCAUCUCAAAUCGCCAGGAGCUAUAUAUGAUAGAUGCUGUUUCACCUGGGUCCAUUUUCUUCUUGCCCCAUGGGACCAGGCUCAUCAACAAGUUGGUUUCCUUUAUGAAAUUGCAGCAGAUGAAAUUGAAUUUCGAUGAGGUGAUGACGCCGUUGCUUUACCGGAAAAGCCUUUGGGAAAAGUCUGGCCAUUGGGACAACUAUAAGGACGAUAUGUUUGUUGUUAAAAGCUCGAGGGACGAUGAAAAGGAGUCCUUUGGGUUGAAGCCCAUGAACUGUCCUGGGCAUUGUUUGAUUUAUCUGAGAAAGGACCGAAGUUACAAUGAGCUUCCAAUUCGGUAUUCUGAUUUUUCUUCAUUGCAUCGAAAUGAGCAAUCUGGUGCACUAAGUGGAUUAACAAGGGUUAGAAGAUUCCACCAAGACGACGCUCAUAUCUUUUGUACUAUUGAGCAAAUUAAAGAUGAAAUUAACAAUAAUUUGAGAUUGGUUGAUACUGUUUACAAAACCUUUGGUAUCAACGAUUAUAAACUAUUACUAUCAACAAGACCUAGCGAGAAAUACAUUGGUGAAUUGGCUGACUGGGACGCCGCUGAAUCAAAUUUAAAACAAGUUUUAGAGUCUACUGGGAAAAAGUGGGAAAUUAAUGAAGGCGAUGGUGCAUUUUAUGGUCCCAAAGUGGAUAUCCUAUUGAAAGAUAAUUUCGGAAAAGAACAUCAAUCUGCUACAAUCCAAUUAGACUUCCAGUUGCCGCAAAGAUUCAAACUAACAUAUAAAGAUAGUCAGGGGCUAUUAAAGACCCCGGUCAUGAUUCAUAGAGCUAUUUAUGGCUCAAUUGAAAGAUUUCUAGCCAUUUUGAUUGAUCACUAUGAAGGAAAAUGGCCCUUUUGGUUAUCUCCAAGACAAGCAAUCGUCCUACCAGUAUCAAAUGAGCACCAUUUGGAAUUUUCUCAGGAUUUCCAAAAAAAACUAUCGGGUUUCAACAACGAUUUGAACAACGCUAUCUCGUUGUCUAAAAGGGAUCUAUUUGAUGUCGAUAUGGAUUCAAGGUCAGUUGGAAUCAAUCGCAGAAUUAAAAACGCCACGCAAAAGGGCUACAACUAUAUUAUUGUGAUAGGCGAAAAGGAAAUCAAUGGAGGGCAGAUAGCAGUGAGAAAUUGCAAGACCAAUCAGGUCGAGCACUACUCCAGUGUUGAUGAAUUACGGGAAAAGUUUGUUGAGCUAACUGAGUCUUUCCAAUGA